CUGCUCUAUCCAUCCUUUCCCCGACCCCCCAACCUUCUACUGAGGUGGCACUCACACAUCCAAACCAUGGCCAGCAGACUGUCCCCUCUCUCUCCAACCCUGUGUCUCUCUCUCCUGCUCCCUGCACUGUUGCUCCUCCACCUGUCUGGCACAGUGAAAGGGGAUUGCUGGCUGAUAGAGGGGGAUAAAGGUUACGUUUGGCUUGCUAUCUGCAGUCAGAACCAACCUCCAUAUGAGACCAUCCCCCAGCACAUCAACAGCACGGUGCAUGACCUGAGGCUGAAUGAGAACAAACUUAAGGCCGUGCUCUUUACCUCCAUGUACCGCUUUACAAACCUUACUGACCUCAAUCUAACCAAGAAUGAAAUCAGCUACAUUGAAGAUGGCGCCUUUGCUGGACAGGCCAACCUACAGGUUCUUCAGCUGGGCUACAACAAACUAACCAACCUGACUGAGGGCAUGUUGAGAGGUCUGGGUCGAAUGCAGUGCCUCUUCUUGCAACACAACCUCAUUGAGGUCAUUGCCACCAAUGCCUUCUGGGAGUGUCCCAGCCUCAACAGCCUAGACUUAUCUUCCAACAAGUUGGCCCGUCUUGACCCAUCUACUUUAACGGUUCUCAGCAGGCUGACAGUAUGUGAACUAGGUGGAAACCCGUUCCACUGUGGCUGCGAGCUUUACAGUUUUCUCACUUGGCUGGAUGAGUUUAACAAUGUCACCCACACCUAUGACCGUCUCCAGUGUGAAACACCUCCAGAAAUGACUGGUUAUCCACUCUUGAGCCCCGGGUAUGGAAAUGGAAGAAAUGCUCGGAACAUACUUUUAUCAAUGUGUCGUGAUGGUGUGAUAAUUCCAGGGAUGACCUCUCAGAUGCCAGAUCAAGAUGGCUCAGGGAUGGGUUUGGACCAAGACCAAGGUGUGUACCAUCAGCCAACCACCUCAUCCACUGCUGACCCUAUCUAUAACCCUCAAAUUUCUAUGAGGGUUCAAACACUCGCCCCGUACACUGCUUCACUAAUAGUCAAGAUCCCACAACCCUACAGUAAGAUGUAUGUUCUCUCCCGGUAUAACAACACUUCUCUUGAAGAGGACAUAUCCCUCAAGUCAAACAAAGCUACGAUAACUUUGAAGGGGCUGAAACCACAGACCAAUUACACCUGUUGUGUGGCUUCUGUAAGGAAGUCUCAAAAGUACAACCACACCUGUAUGUCUUUUACCACACAAGCUAUUGGGCCACCGGACCACCGAACGAAUCCCUCCACAACAACCCACUACAUCAUGACCAUCCUGGGAUGUCUGUUUGGCAUGGUCAUUGUUCUUGGAUUUGUCUAUUACUGUCUGAGGCGCCGACGCAUCCAGGAAGAGAAGGAAAAAGCAAUUAGUGUGAAGAAAACAAUUUUGGAGAUGAGGUAUGGCCCAGAAGCAGCUGCAGCUGUAGUCAAUGACCCAAAUGCCAUGCAGCGUCUUCAGGAGCAGGCUCACCACCAGCAUCACCAUUCAGGGGGUGCAGGAGCCAAGCUGCCCCAAUCUGCCUCCUCUAGCACAGGCAUGCUUCACGGUUCAGCCAACACCAGUUCUUCCCGCCUCUCCACCUUGCCACAGGUGGAAAAAAUGGCCACUGCCUUCUCUGAGGCUAUGGGUGGUAAGGGUAACUACAUGGAUAUAAGGACAACAGGAAUGGCAGGAGAAGGCAGGGAGGCAGUGAUGGCAGCUGGAGGAGCAGGGCCAGGAGGGGAAGUAGUUGUGGAUAUGCGAGGUGGGGCUGAGAAUGGGACAGAGGCUGGGGAGGAUUCAGAUGAUGACGGUCGUGGCUCAGCAUCAGAGAUCUCCACCAUUGCCAAGGAGGUCGAUAAGGUGAACCAGAUCAUCAACAACUGCAUUGAUGCCCUGAAGCUGGAUGCCUCAGCUAAUGCUGUGACCACAGCUGACAAUGCCAGUUCUGUGUCCUCCCAGCCUCCUUGCAUAGCAUCGCUCCCGCGCAACCUUCUCCCCCUCUCUCCAGGUCACCCUGGAGAUCAGAUCAUGGCCUCCUCUCCAAAGCCUCACCCGCCUUCAAUGGCCCCAGUGCCCCUGGUCAUGCCCUUAUCUGAGCGGCCUGGUAUCAGUGGGGGUGGAUUUCUCUCCCCUCCUUACCGUGAUCCACCCCCAGCCAAUGCAGUGCGGCCCCUUCAGAGGCAACUGAGCGCGGACACUGCUGUGGUUAAGAACCGCUGUGGUCCCCCUUCUGCAGGCUCUGCUAAGAACACAAGAGUGUUUAGUGUGGACAUCCCUGAGCAGCGCAGUGAUCCUCCCAAGUACCCAGGAGAAAAGGGUAGCCCCGUGGGUUGUGUUGGAGCGGGAGGAAGUGGAGGAGGUGGUGGAAUAGGAGGCUGUAACGGAAAUGGAAUGGGAAAUAUUAAUGGUGGAGGCGUGAGCUUAAAUGGGGGAGGAAUGGGAUGUAAUAGCGGGAAUGGAGGUGGCGCUGUAAGCUCUGGACAGCAGCAACAGCAGCACUUGGAAGUUCAGCCAGACUAUCAUAGCUCUGAGCACCGCCACUCCUUUCCUGCACUCUACUAUGAGGGUGGCAACGAAUCGCCUUCACCAUCCCAAAAGGCUUCGUUUCUCAAGCCACUUGGGCGCACCAAGAGGGAUGCCACAUCCGCCUACUCCCAGCUCUCACCUUCUCGUCACCACAACUACAACUCUGGCUACUCUUCCAGUCCAGAGUACUCAUCUGAGAGCACACUGCGAAUCUGGGAGCGAUUCCGACCUUACAAGAAAAGCCCUAGAGAGGAAGCAUCCUAUAUAGCAGCAGGGCAUGCUCUGCGCAAGAAGGUGCAGUUUGCCAAGGACGAGGACCUUCAUGAUAUUUUGGACUACUGGAAAGGUGUUUCCGCCCAGCAGAAGCUGUGAGCUGAGGAGCAAAGCUUAUGUCCUAAGGGAGAUUGUGGAAUGAAUGCCAACAGCAGACUACUGAAGAGGAACAUAUUAAUGUAGCAAGACAGAUAAUGUUUCCUCAGAGGUGUCUAGCGACACAGGUCAUUCAGGCGCUUGAUCAAGAAUUAAAGAGGUAUUCUCCUGGUGAUUUUUAAAAAUUGAUUUUGUGAAAAUUCAUUGACAUUUUCAGAGGCUGUUUCCAAGGUUGUCCUCUGUCUUCACCUCAACACGAAUGGUUUUUAACAAGAAUCCUGCCUCACCAUGGGCACUUUGGUCCUUUCAGGCUUCACAGACCUGUUGACUAAUCACUAAUGAGCAAAGGCGAGGUGAUGACAAGCAAGCGUCUUCUACCUCACUGCUGGCAAACUGGAGCUCAGCUAUCUCCCCAGAAACAGCACCCACCAUGACUUAA